AUGGGCUUAUUUUCAUUUGAUGGUGGCAAAAAGGAAUCACAACCCCCUAAUACCCGUUCACAGAGAAAGUUGUGCUGGGAGUCCAGGGACGCAUUCUUCCAGUGUUUGGACAAGGCAGACAUCUUGGACGCAAUGGACCCCAAGAAUAGCAAGAGUAUAAAGUCGCACUGCAAGGUGGAAAAUGAAAAAUUUGAGGAGAAUUGCGCCCAUAGCUGGAUCAAGUACUUCAAGGAGAAGAGGGUCAUCGACUUUAAGAGAGAGCAGACCAUCAAGAGAAUCGAGCAGGAAGCUAAACAGAGGGAACGAAAUCAGUGA